UCAAAAUUUAUCUUUGGGGAGGUUGGCUGGAAUCGAAAGAAGCCAUGGAGAGAAAUGGUGCUGCCACUUUUCCCCAAACACCAGACCCUACACACCACUUCCACAUCGUGCUGAUGGAUCAGAGGAGGAGGCUGCGUGGCCAAAUCGCUCACCUGCAAAAAGCGGCUCGGAAACUCAACAAGCUCCGCAAAAGGUCCCUGAUUGCCAACGUCAGCGGGAGCACCCUGACCGCCGCAGGAGCUGUCACAGCCAUCGUGGGGCUGUCCCUGAGCCCAGUGACACUGGGAGCCUCUCUCCUGGCAUCAGCUGUGGGUCUGGGCCUGGCCACUGCUGGGGGGGCUGUCAGCAUCACCUCCGAUCUCUCCUUAGUGCUUUGCAAUUCCCGGGAGGUGAGGAAGGUGCAGGAAAUCGCAGUGACUUGUAGGAAACAGAUGAGGGAAAUCCUCAGCUGCCUGGAGUUCCUCCGACGGGGGCAGGGCCCAGGCGACCCCACGCUGCGCCAGUCAGAGAAGAGAGCCUCCAUGUCAUUGUACAACUCUGUCUGCUUCAUGGUCUUUUGCGGCUCCCACAGCUUCCUCGUGCCAGAAUACACAAAGGAGGUCACAAAAGUGAGCCAGGCUGUCCUCAAGGCCAAAAUCCAGAAGUUGGCUGCCAACCUUGAGACCUGCACCCGAGCGAUGGAUGAAGUCUGUGAACUUCUUGAAUCUAGGACAGAGCUUUCCCCAAGCACAAUGAGACUCAACUUGGGUGCUAAACCCACAGCUGAGGUCCCAAGAGCAUCCAGCUGAAACUGCUUUCUCCUUAAUUAAACCAGGCCUUGGAGACAUUACAUUAUUAAUUGUCACCGAUAGCACUUCUACAUGUUGCUAUUGUAAUAUAGGUGGUGGUAAUCCACACAGGUAUGCAAAUCUUUCACAUGCCUUAUCUCCAUCUGAACACAAACCGCUUCCUUAUAAGAAGCUAAACACACACACACACACACACUGGCAUCUGACAGUAGCCACCUGCUUCAGGUUGGACACAUGGACUAUUUCGUACAGGGCAGCAGAUCCCAGACCAUGAAGGCAGGGGUAGAUGGCCAUUCCUCACACUCAUGUUUUCUCAGCCAUCUCCCUGGCACUGCUUCACCAAGGCAGCAAAAAGAAAAGGGUCAGGAGGCUGAUGAAAUCCCUGCAGUUCUGGUGCUGACUGAACCUGGUUUGUAAAUAACUUAGGAAUCUGGUAAAAGGGAUGGGUUACCCUCAGACAGCCAGCAGCUUCCAAUUUCCAGCACAGUCCAGUUGCCAAGGUACACCUGGAAAGGCUUUUGAAGGAAGAAGCUCCUGAUAUGACACACUUUUGUAUAUGGCCCACUUUUGGGGCUUAUCAUCCCAGUGUGAAAUUAGCAGUGCUAGAAAUUGUUAGUCCUUUUGAAGAAACAUCUCCAGGCUGAGAACUGUGAUGUCUGUGCUCUAUUUAUUAACAUAAGAUUAUUUUAAGAUUUUGAUAUGGUAUUUAAAUAUGUAUAUAUUUUUUUUCUUUUUAAAGGGAGGACUGUGCUCCAAAGGAAAGUAGACAUCCUUAGAGGCAAAGCAAGUCUGUGGCAUGUGGGAGCAAGUUUCCUGUUCCUUGGUUGUGAGGGAGGGCAAGUUUCUGUAGGAAAAGAAAAGCAUGGACUGAAUGCUGGUAAUUAUAAAAUAGGUGAAACAUGAUUUUAGGAACCAAAACAGCUUGGGUCUUGGUGGAGGAAAGCAGUUAUAUCUCUUGCAGAAGGUAGGGAAGCAUAGGUUGGUGUUACUGGUCUGAGCUGGAGCGCAGCUGUGGUGGGAGCACAUCUAGGAGGUGGAGGUGCUGCUCUCUGUGCAGUCAAGCAGCUUGUGAGACCCACAGAGGUUUGUGGAGGAGGCAGCACUCAUGGAGAGAUACACAUACUCCUAGCAAUGCUUCCCAGAGAAGGCUUCAUGUUACCAAAAUAUAUUCUGGUACUAAUACUCAAGAGGGAUGCAGAGGAGGAGGAUGAUUUGGUGGCAGAGAACAUACAAAGCAAGGGGAUGGGCUGGGACCCUCUUACAAGUGACUGUUCAGCUCAGAGUCCUUCAUGACUCUUGACCCCUCAGUGCCUCAGUUCUCUGUAUAAAAAUGGGAAUUGUAGCACUUUCCUACCUCAAAGGGCGUUUCUGGGACAUAUACUAAAAAGUGCUCAAGUACUGCUAUGAUGGGGGACAUCAGUACCUGGAAGUAGUACAAGGAAGAGACUCCAGAAACUACCUUGAGACAAGCUGGAGGAGUUGAUGCAGGGAUUAUUCCACCUCCACAAGUAUGUCCCAGUGGAUUAGGGAAACUUCCCUGCAGAUGCAUGAAUCAAAAUUAUCAGAAAAACCUAAUCUGUAAUCCUGUAACACUGAGCAAACUCUUAGGAAGGACAACACUUCACCUAACAAAGCCUGAAUUCUUGUUCUCCUUGUGUCUUCCUCUCGUGACAGCAAUAUUUGUUUUUACAUAUACAAAGAACAAAAGCUUUGGUCCUUCAGAGUGUGACUCAGAUGCUUGUAAUGCUCAGGCCUGUUUGCCAGAAAUGAACAAGUACACUGCUGAUUCAAUUAAAUG